GGAGCGACGUCUAUAGUUCUGGAUAUAGAUUCAUCAACCGGUCAACGGUGAUGCUCUGUGCCUGGGGAAGCUAUGCGGAGGCUUCCCCGCCUCCACGUGCUGGCCUUUCCUCUUUGGGCCAUCUCCUUACGGGACUGCUCCUUUCCCAAAGGGGCAUCGGCCCAACAUUCCCUCGCUAUCCCGACAUUAUCCUUCCCCUCUUGCUACACUCUCACCAUCCUGUCAAUUCAGGCAGAAGAACCGACAUCAAAUCCUUCUGUUGUUAGCCUUAACUCAUUAGAAGAAGUCUUACUGAGAAGUGCUCCCCGGCCUGGUCGGGACAGAGUGAAGCAAUUCACCUUCUAUUCGAAACCGCAUGUCUCUCGACUGAGACACACCUUGCCGUUUCUGGCACGGACGAGGCUCCGUGCACAGUUCUGGGAGUGUCGCUCGGUAGGAGUGGUUCUUUAUCGUCCGAGAUAGAUAGUACCUGACAGUCCUCGAGAUCUCCAGAUAAAUCGAUCGCCCGUCACCGACCUCCACAAUGACCACACCUCCUUUCUGCCGCGUC